UUUUUUAAUAAAUUAUUCUGUUCUACAUGGUUAUUGAAUAUUGAGGAGUAUUUUGUUCCUAAAUUAGACCUCAUUUUCUUUUCCUACUGAUUUCCUAUGUUAUUGCUGCCUAAAUUAGACCUCAUGUUCUACAUGGUUAUUGAAUAUUGAGGACAAUGUCUCCUCCUUUACUUUCGCUUCAGCAUGCACCUCAAAUAAUAUGAUAUAUUUUCAUAAUGGUAAUUACCCAAAUAAGUAUCCUUAUUAUUUUAAAAAAGUAGUAGUGUGAUAUAUAACACAAUAAUGUGUUAUAUAUUAAUUUUAGGUGAAUAACAAGUUAACGGUUUACACUCAAGAAAGAAAGGAAGAGUGCCUCUGUCAAGUACUAGAGUUAAGACACUCACCACCACCAAUAAGCCUAGCAGCCAAUCUGUGACCUCGACGCGACACUGUGACACGUCAUUUGUCGUGGGUAAGAUUGGAAAAUACUUGAUGAAGAAUGUUGAAAUUCCAUUGGCUUUAAGUUUUCUUCCCACUAUUAAGCACGAGUUAAGUGGUGCACAAACGACUUGGGAUGUCGUUCAGCGACUCAUUGAUUCUCAACCCUUAAAGGACUUGCUUUCGCAGUCUAUAUACGCGGAUAUUAUGGUGUUGGCAUUUGAUGAGUAUGCAGCUGCAAGUGGUGGAGAGUCUAGAGGAGGUACCGUCGUAGGAAGCAGCAGUACGGUACGGCAUUCUGAUGCAGCCGCCACUGAUGAUAGGGAUCACGACGAUAGGGACCACGACUAUGAUGAGUGAGUGAGUAGUGAGUUAGACUUUUUGGUAACUUUUGUGGACUUUUGGAUUGUGUUGAACAUAUUAUGACCUCCUGAUUAUGUGGACUUUUGGAUUGUGUUGAACAUAUUAUGACCUCCUGAUUAUGUAUAUAUGUGAAUUGUUAAAUGUUAAUAUUGUUGGAUGUGAAUCGAUGAAUGUAAAUGUUAAUAUUGUUGGA